AUCGAUCUAACUCUAGUUAAAACCUAGUUGGUUUAAUAUGGUGAUGGUGGGUACAACCUCUUCGUUGGAUGAGAUCAGAAAGGCACAGAGAGCAGACGGCCCUGCAGGCAUCUUGGCGAUAGGUACGGCCAACCCUGCGAACCAUGUGCUCCAAGCGGAGUAUCCACACAACUACUUCCGCAUCACCAACAGUGCAUACAUGACCGACCUUAAGGAGAAGUUCAAGCGCAUGUGCGAUAAGUCGACCAUAAGGAAACGCCACAUGCACUUGACCGAGGAGUUCUUGAAAGAGAACCCUAAUAUGUGUGCCUACAUGGCUCCUUCGCUCGAUGCUAGACAAGACCUCGUGGUGGUUGAAGUCCCUAAGCUAGGCAAAGAUGCAGCAGUGAAGGCCAUCAAGGAGUGGGGUCAGCCUAAGUCCAAGAUCACACACGUUGUCUUCUGCACCACCUCAGGAGUUGACAUGCCUGGUGCUGACUACCAGCUCACCAAGCUCCUUGGCCUUCGUCCUUCCGUCAAGCGUCUCAUGAUGUACCAACAAGGUUGCUUCGCCGGCGGCACUGUCCUCCGUCUCGCCAAGGACCUCGCUGAGAACAACCGUGGCGCACGUGUCCUCGUGGUCUGCUCCGAGAUCACAGCCGUCACCUUCCGUGGCCCCUCUGACACUCACCUUGACUCACUCGUGGGACAAGCUCUCUUCAGUGACGGUGCAGCCGCACUCAUUGUCGGUUCAGACCCUGAUGUUUCUGCUGGAGAGAAGCCCAUCUUCGAGAUGGUGUCUGCCGCGCAGACCAUCCUCCCAGACUCGGACGGUGCCAUCGAUGGACACUUGAGGGAAGUUGGACUCACCUUCCAUCUCCUCAAGGACGUCCCUGGACUCAUCUCCAAGAACAUUGAAAAGAGCCUAGACGAAGCGUUUAAACCGUUGGGGAUAAGUGAUUGGAACUCCCUCUUCUGGAUAGCUCACCCUGGUGGUCCAGCGAUCCUUGACGACGUUGAGAAGAAGCUAGGACUCAAGGCAGAGAAGAUGAGAGCCACGCGUCACGUGUUGAGCGAGUAUGGUAACAUGUCUAGCGCCUGCGUCCUCUUUAUAUUGGAUGAGAUGAGGAGGAAGUCUGUGGAAGAUGGCGUAGCCACGACAGGUGAAGGGUUGGAGUGGGGUGUCCUGUUUGGGUUCGGACCAGGUCUCACCGUGGAGACAGUUGUCCUACACAGCGUUCCUGUCUAAUUAAACAGAAAGCUCUCUUCCUAUAAAUGCUUACCUACCUUCUUCACAUACUUACCAUCAUAUCAUGUCUUUAUGUUUUUUUUUUUUCAAUGUAAGAAAAUAUUUGUAAUGCAAUAAUUAAAAAAAAAAUUCAUUAGUGUGACAUCAUGUGAAAUA